AUGCGUCUAUCAAACAGAAGGCAGGGUGAAGUGAUGUUUAAUAAAUAUUCUAUAGAAAAUAAAUUAACCAAGAAAGUGCUCGGAGGAGGUAUGGCAAAGUUGGGAAGCGGCGACGUACCGUUGAAUACAUUAGCCGCUGUUUACAGUUCUCCGUCAGCGCGCACAUGGCGAUGUGAAACUGUGUUUAUUUUAAUACUAAACCAUUGUUCGCCCGGUGCUGUUGUUUGCACGAACUACCCUCGCGGUUUGUGUGAGGUGUCCACGGAUGAACUGUCAACAAGGCCGCUCCUUGGCUUGUUGAAAAUACACAUAACAUCAUCAUUUUUGUAA